UGUACCUGACUCACUUUUCUAGUUGCUCUUUAUUGUCAACACAUUUCACAGUAGAUAAACGAAAAAAAUGAUUUGGAAAAUUAUAUUUUUCUUGCCGUGUUUCAACGUUGUAGUAUGCCCACGUUGGUGGAGAAGUCAGUCGAGCAGUUAUGCACGUAUGCAACAAGAAUACCCGGAACCAUACCGCAAUUUUGUAAGUUGGUUAAAUGAUCGAGCCGUAACCAGUGUAGACAUGUCAACUUGGGAUAGUGUUCCUAGCCAAACAUCAAAAGAUACCGUAAGGGAACAAUUGAGGUUAAGUAGGUGUCCAGCUGCUGAUGUGGGAAGACUUAUUACGAACAGUGAUAAAAAUACAUGGCCUACUCAAAUAAAAUCAGGUCAGGCACCUUAUUAUAACGCACAUUAUAUGACUUCAAUGACAUUUAGACAGAUUCCAGAAACAUCAGCAGUAGUCGCGGCGUGUUCUGAUAACCCAACCCGAGGGCUGCCUUCGCCGGGAAUUUUAAUCUUUUUUUUUUAAAUACAUAAUAUUUGUUUGUUGCUAACGGAAUUAAAUAA